AUGUUUAUAUGCUCUACAGAAUAUGACGUGGAUGGUGGCCGAGACCUUGACAUUUUUGACAUCAAUGAAGAGGCAGGGCUGCAUUUAGUGGAAGGCGACAUUGUACUUGAUGAGAGACAAGGUCGAAACUCCAUCAUAGGCGACCAGUACAGGUGGCCGAAGACAGUCCCGUACCGCUUGCAGGACGACCUGGAAAUAAAUGCAAAAGGUGUAAUUCUGAAGGCCUUUGAACAGUACCGACUGAAGACCUGUAUUGACUUCAAGCAUUGGACUGGAGAGCCAAACUACAUUUCCAUUUUCAAAGGGGGCGGCUGUUUCUCCUCUGUGGGGAACCGGCGCAUUGGGAAGCAGAUGUUGUCCAUUGGGAAGAACUGCGACCGCAUUGCAACCAUUGAACAUGAGUUCCUCCAUGCUCUGGGCUUCUGGCAUGAGCAGUCCAGGUCAGACCGCGAUGACUAUGUCACCAUUAGGUGGGACCACAUCUCAGAGGGUAAAGAACACAACUUCAACACCUACAGUGACACCACCUCCAGCUCCCUGGGUGUGCCCUAUGACUACGGCUCCAUGAUGCACUACAGCAAGACCGCCUUCCGCAACGGCACCGAGCCCACCAUCGUGACCAAGAUCGCCGCUUUCAGUGACGUCAUCGGCCAGCGCAUGGAGUUCAGCGACAGUGACCUGCUCAAACUCAGGCGCCUCUACAACUGCUCCCGUGCCGUAACAUUCCUGGACUCGUGUGACUUUGAACGUGAAAACAUCUGCGGUAUGAUCCAGGGACCAGGAGACCAGGCUGACUGGCUCAGAGUAGACCAGGCUGCAGGAGGGCCCGGCACCGACUACUCCAACUUGGGCAAAUGCUCCGGCUCGGGCUAUUUUAUGCACUUCGGCACAGGCAAAGCCAAAGUGCACGACACAGCCCUGCUGGAGAGCAGGCUGGUCUACCCGAAGCGAGGAUACCAAUGCCUGCAGUUCUUCUACUACAACAGCGGGGGCCCUAAGGACACACUGAAGAUCUGGGUCCGCGAGUACGACAAAGCCAACCCCAAAGGAAAGCUGCGAUUCGUCCAGACCAUAGAAGGUGAGCCUGAGGAGCUGUGGCAGCUGCACCACGUGAGUCUGAAUGUUAACAAAAAGUUCAGAGUCGUAUUCGAAGGGACCAAGGGGGGCUCCGGACCCUUGGCUGGCGGGUUGUCCCUGGACGAUAUCAACCUCUCUGAGACCACCUGCCCAGAGCACGUGUGGCGAGUGAAAAACUUCAGUCACGUGAUGGAGAACACUCCGCCGGACACACCCAUAUACAGCCCCCCCUUCACCUCCAAGGAGGGCUACACCUUCCAGAUGGGUCUGUACCCCAACGGCACGGACGGUUACUCGGGUCAGUUGUCGGCCUUCGCCCACCUAGUGGCCCGUGCCGGCGACACCGGGCAGAAGUGGCCAUGCACAUGGAAACAGAUAACCAUGAUGCUGAUGGACCAGAAUCCACACGUUCAAAAGCGCAUGUCCAACCAACGCAGCAUCACCACCGACCCCAGCAAGAAGAUUUCAGGCUCUGACAAGUUUUACUGGGAUGACCCUCGCAAAGUUGGGAAAGAGGUGACUGGAGCUGAUGGAAGCAAGUACUUCCGAGGGCCGGGAUCUGGCACGUCAGUGUACCUCACCCACCAAAGAGCCAAGAGCAGGGACUUCAUCAAAGGAGGAGACGCUCUCUUUCUGCUAAGCAUGGAGGAUGUGUCUCAUCUUCUCAUGACCAAUCCAUCACCACCACCUUCCUCCACCACGGCACCACCUGUCACCUCGACACCAUCCGCCGGUGACUGCACCAGCGUGGAGUGUCAGAACGACGGCAUCUGUGUGCUGGACGCAGGGACGCCUGUCUGCAGGUGUAUGGUGGGGGACGACUGGUGGUACUAUGGAGACAGGUGUCAGUACAAAGGCUCCAGCGAGGAAAGGCUCACCGUCGUUCUCGCUGCCUCCCUGUCAGUCCUGGCGGCCAUGCUGAUCGUCACGCUGGUCAGCGUCUUGUGUGUGAGGAGAAAGUACAAGAAGCUCCAGAGCGACUCCGGCGUCACCAUGGUGAACAUGGAUGCCGUCGCCGCAGCCAGAUAGUCUCAGCACACACAAGUCCUCUUUGAUUGACGAGUUUGAGAAAUAUUUUA